UGCUAUUUGAUCGAGUGAGCUGUCAACUGUCAAUUAUUGGACAUUAAAGUAAAGCUAGUGCUACACUAUGCAUGUCUUUUCGCGCGUCGAGAUGUGGUGCAGGCGUCAAGCUGCGGCGGCCAUUUUGCCGUUGCUGUUAGCUGGUUGGUUGACUGGCGAAUCAUCGGAAGCGUUGACUACAUUUGGAAAAAGCAAUACGCAACCACCGAAAGAAGUCGCACCAACGGCUCCACCAGCUCGACAGUGCAACCGCCAAGCCGAAUGCGCUGGGAUUAGCAGCUCUUCAUGCGUCAGGACGCAUUAUGAUCCCGUCACAAGAUGUCUGUGUGGAGACAACCUGCCUCCAGUGAAUGGGCAGUGUGAAGCGGUUACAAAAGUCCUUUACCACGUGUGCGCAAACAGUGACGAAUGCAACGACGGCCUCAUUUGCGGAACACCCAACAUCACCGGCUCUGCGCCAGCUCAUCUUCGCGUCCACUCGCCACAGGAUAAGAUAUGUCUGUGCGACACCGAGAGCGGCUACAGGGAAAAGGAACACACGUGUAGUGAUGCGGACAUCCUUAACACAUCAAUAAUCGCCGUGAUCUUCGUAACCUGCUUAAGGAAAAUGCUCGUCAACUAACUCAAGAGAAUUUCGCACGAUUUAUAUUUAUUAUUAUAGGCCUUUAUAGGAUUGAACACAAUUGCACGACAAUAUUAAAGCGACUAUGAAAUCAUCUAUCUUAAAACUAUUGAUUUUAUUCUCUUUGUUUAAGUAAUCUGUUAUAAAUACAUGUAACCUUAGCUUAAUAGCUAAGUAGCGCAAGUGUGAUCAAUCCUUUAUGCUUCUAAUAUAAUUGUUUUAAUAGCAU